AUGUCAUCCAUGGCACUCCCUACCCGCGUAGCCUGGGUCCUGCGAAUCUCGUUCCUCUCUGUGGUCCUCUUCAGCAUCUCCUUCUACGUUCUCGAACCGCACGUCCAUCUACGUCGCUACUACGAGAGCAAUCGCGUGCCGGAACUCAAUGCUAAAAGUGCAUUUGUGAAAGGUGUGGUGGAGAGCGAGAUCGAUGGACCGUUUGAUGCGGGGACGUUACGGGCGUUGUGUUUGAGUAAGGAGUGGAUGCCAGGAUUGAUAUUCAAGUGUGAGGCGCCGAAGGGAGGAGUUGCGGUGGUGCGAAAUGUGUUUUUGAAUUGUGUGCGGUUUGCUGUUGAAGCUGGUGCAACAUCCUUCAUCCUCCCCGAAAUGCAAGCCCACUCCACCACCGAAGACCUCACCAACCCAUUCUCCCACUACUUCGACACCGCUCACUUCACUUCCACCCUCGAAUCCGCAUGUCCCCAAAUAACACUAAUCCCGCACCUCCACGACCUCUGGGACAAACCCACCGUCGCCAAACCCAUAACCCUCAAACCCUUCGAAAUGGGCAGCGAAGUGCUUGUCGACAACGUAAUCUCCAAACCCAGCCAAUGGGCAUCUUUCUUUCACCAAUACCUAAACACCACACAUCCAAAACCAUAUUCCGCCGAGAAACCCGUCUUAGUCUCGCUUCUGGCGCCGUUCUUGCAAUGGCCACUGGCAUACGAUGAUCCGCAUCUCGUUGCGAACUUCGGGAAGCUGCUACGGUAUAGAGAGGAUGUGCGGCGGUUGGCAGGCGUGGUGUUACAUGCGCUUGACAUGAAGUUUAACACGGGAAUUGAAGCGGAUAAAGAGGGCAUCCGUCUAGGCCAUUUCUACGGCGCGCAUUUACGCACGGAAUUAGACGCCCAGGCCGCGGGGUGGACGCCAUAUGAGAUUCAAUCCGAGAACUACCUCACACACGCGCAGAACUCGCAAAUCAAAACUAUCUACCUCGUUAGUGGGAACGAAGAAGACGCGAUUCGCUUCCGAGAAUCCGCGAUGGAGAUGGGGAUGCAGGUUGCAACCAGAGAUGAAUUGUUAAGUGAGGAAGGUUAUGAGAUGGAUAUGCAGGAGAUGGAGGUAUUGAGUUGGGAUCAGAAAGAGUGUGUGGAUUACGAGGUACUGCUCAGGGCCAGGGCGAUGGGGGGAUCGCAUGAGAGUACGUUUGCGUGGAAUGUUGCGCUGCGGAGACAUGUGGUUGAUGGGCAGGGUGUUUGGGUGCCGGUUGUGGAUUUGGGUGUUGAGAGGAGGGAUGUGGAGGACGAGGGGGAAGGGGGUGAGGUGAAUGAAGACGAUCAGAGUCCUAAUGAGGAGGGCAAUGCGGAAGGUGAAGAAGACACACCAAACGAAGCCACCUCAAACACCCUCCAAAACAGCUUCCAAGACUCUCUAAGCACCAUCUACGGUCCCGGCGACGAGGGCAUGAGUAUCAAAGUAGGCAUGUGGCCUUGA